CUCUUUCUCCCGUGUGAUAUGUCGAGUAUACGCUGGCAUAAAUCAACAGUUUAUUAGGUUAAUAAUUAGCCAUUUGCCGAAACAAUCGGUCCACCAAGAUGGUACUUAUUGCGAGUGCAGUAUGCACCAAAACUGGAAAGACAAUCAUCUCUCGCCAAUUCGUGGAGAUGACGAAAGCAAGGAUAGAGGGUCUCCUGGCGGCAUUUCCAAAGCUCAUGAGCACUGGAAAACAACACACAUUCGUGGAAACUGAGUCUGUUAGAUACGUGUACCAGCCCAUGGAGAAAUUGUAUAUGUUGCUGAUCACGACGAAGGCCAGUAAUAUUCUGGAGGACUUGGAGACCCUCAGAUUGUUUGCCAGAGUCAUUCCAGAGUACUGCAAAUCCAUAGACGAGCUAGAGAUAGCGGAUCACGCUUUCGAGUUGAUAUUCUCAUUCGAUGAGAUAGUAGCCCUGGGCUACCGGGAAAACGUGAAUUUAGCACAGAUACGGACAUUCGUGGAAAUGGAUUCCCACGAGGAGCGAGUGUUCAACGCAGUGCGUUACACCCAGGAACGUGAGGCAAAGAACAAGAUGAGGGAGAAGGCGAAGGAGCUGCAGCGACAGAAAUUAGAGGCAAACAAGAAGGGAGGGAUGAAAUCGUCAGGGUUUGCGGGAGGAUAUGGAAACAACAGUGGAGGCUUCAACUCGAGUCCAACAGUCGGUGACUCAGCCAACUUUGUUCCUGAGCAAGUGAAGCCGAGUUACACUCCAUCAGCUAAACAGACAGUUGCUGGCCCAGGUGCUAUGAAAUUGGGUGGAAAAGUUCGGGAUAUAGACUCAUUCGUGGACCAACUGAAGGAGGAGGGUGAGAAUGUCGUGACGAACGUCAAAUCUCUGGAUACGAAGACAGCACCCACCUCCCAAAAGAUCAUUCACACGGAACCUGUACACCUGAGACAGGAGGAGAAGCUUAAUGUACGAGUGGGAAGGGACGGUGGUGUCCAGCAGUUCGAAUUACAUGGCCUUGUCACUCUCAAUAUAUCUGACGAACAGUGGGGGAGGAUACGCGUACAGCUGGAAAACGAAGACAGCAGGGGAGUCCAGCUUCAGACACAUCCCAACGUCGAUAAGGAUUUGUUCAGGAUGAAGGGACAGAUUGGACUGAAAGUGCCCAGCAAACCUUUCCCUCUCAAUACUGAUGUUGGGGUGUUGAAGUGGAGGUUGCAGUCCCAGGAUGAAACUGCACUGCCCAUCUCCAUAAACUGCUGGCCCUCAGAAAACGGUGAAAAUGGAUGUGACGUGAACAUUGAAUACGAACUAGAUCACCCAGAUUUGGAAUUGAAUGAUGUACAGAUUAACAUUCCACUGCCCAUGGGCUGCACUCCUAUAGUGAGUGAAUGCGAUGGGGAAUAUUCCCACGAGCCAAGGAGGAACCAGCUCAUUUGGUCCCUGCCCCUCGUCGAUGCAUCCUCCAAAUCUGGCUCCAUGGAGUUCUCCGCGCCGUCUUCAACACCCUCUGACUUUUUCCCACUCCACGUCUCAUUCACAUCGAAAACUUCGUACGCCAAAAUCAAAGUAAUCGAUGUGCAACUGGUAGACGAUGGGAGCCCCGUCAAACACUCGGUUGACACUAUUUUCCUCACUGACAAUUAUGAAGUGGUAUAAGUUUUCUAUUUUGUAUUGAAAUAAUCUUUGUCACGCUGGCAUAGGUGACGAUAAGGCGCAUGAGGUAACGAAUUGUACGGGAAAAAUAUUUCUUUAUCAGAAAAUCGGUAUAUUGUUUUAAUCUAAAACCAUCCGGGAUACAAUAGUCUAGGAGUUUGUACGGUUGCGUAAAGCUGUCUGGCUAAAUCCCUGAAAACUAUUGUGAAUAAUUAAAUGGUAUUUAGAAUGUAAGAAUAUAAAUGAAAUGAUGAUAAACCAUGUUACAGCGGCCACGAAUCUUGGGAUUCAAUAAAUACGUGACUGUUAUUCAUCCUGCGAAUAUAGUAUUAA